AUGAGCAACCCUCCCGAAGAUCCCGCGAAUGUCGUGCAGUCGCUCGUGAACACACUCUUGGAUGUCUUUGAUGCCACGAGGGAUCUUUACGGGACGCUCACGGCCAAGGAGCAAAGAGACUAUGAACAAAACCUGCGCAGCAAAGGAUACCCUGCUUCGAGGCGGAUCGAAUAUGUGAAGGAUGACCGGCUGGGUAGCGAUGAGGCUAUCGUGACGGACAAAGCUGUAGUCAUGAGGCAGAUGGAUAUCGGAUGUGAAACUCUGGGGGCCGAGUUCGCCAUGGGCGAUGCCCUCCAGUCACAGAUCAUUACCCUCCAAAGCGUGCUAGUCACCACAUUCCUAUACGGGCCCACAUCAGGCGACACCAUCGCCCAUCAGCUAGCCAACAUCAAUGCGGCAUCCAGAGUAGCAGCUGCGACGUCGGUCGAGAUAUUGGCUGCGUUGCAGGAACGUCAACAAGAUGAGAGGCCGCUUACACCAAGCCCUGUCAACACAACAGUGCUCGCAUGGCGAGAUAACGUCGAGCCAGAGCAAUCAGUCACCGAUGCCACCUCCGUAACCGGACCCACGAUGAUCUCAGCCUCUAACAACCUAUACUGCGUCUACGCAUACGACCUUCAACGGAACCCAACCCAACAACUUGCCACCAGCAUAACAUCAGACCGGGACCCCUACUGUCCACACUGCAGAGGCGAACUACACCUCUCACCAGGAAAAGCAUGGGAAAUCUCUAAAUGGGCCGACGACACAGAACGAACCUUCCAGGUCCAGAACCGCUUCGUCGUCAAGUGUCAUCGUGAUGGUCCUGACGGCCAAUAUUGCUGCGUUAUUUGCUCCAAGUACGCCGACUCGGAUACUAUCUGCGGCGACGUCAAGGCUCUUAUCAAGCAUCUCUCGGAUGAUCACGAUACCCGGCAGCUCAAGCAUGAGGAGGAUAUUGUGGAGGUCAUUGAGCAGCCGGGUAGUCGGAGGGACAGCGGCAUUGGAUAUUCUACUUCGGUGAGAAGUAAGGGGAGUCGGAGGAGUGCUAGUCUCGCCGAGGGCGGACGGAGACGAAAGAGUUUGUCUGGGUAUGAUCGCGAGGCUGAUUCAUUUGAUGGUAGAUUUUCGAGGAGGUAG